CAGCAUUGUGAAGACUUUUAAGCUUGUUUAGAGGUUCAGAGCAGAGUUCUUUCCUGAAAGCUUCGCGAGUAUGAACCCUUUUAACCGCCGGCGACGGCUUCUUCUGCUGAAGAAGAAACUGUUACUCUUGAAACAACUCCAACAAGAAAAGAAGAGGAGACGGUUCUGGGUACACCCCAUAUGGCAGAAGAGAAAGUUAGAAGGCGAGUUCCACACAGCGAUGCAAGUCAUGAGAAAUGAUCCUCCUCUAUUCUUCAAAUUUUACCGUAUGAUGCCAGACAAAUUCGAUCAACUUCAUGCUCUUGUUCGUGACGACUUGACGAAAGAGUUUCUCUGCCGUGAGCCGCUAUCUUCUGAACAGAGGCUUGCCAUCACUCUUAGGUACCUUUCCUCUGGCAGCGCCAUCAAGGAUGUGGCCCUGGCAUUCAGGGUUGGUCCCCAGACUUGCCGAAAGGUCAUCCACGAGACCUGCAGAGCUCUUUGGAGUAGGUUGAGGGCAACAUACCUUCCGGUGCCAACAAAUGAACAGUGGUUGAACAUCGCGGAUGGCUUCAAAAGGAGGUGGAACUUCCCGAACUGCCUCGGAGCAGUAGAUGGGAAACACGUCCACAUAAAGGCACCGCCAAACUCGGGGAGCACCUAUUUCAACUACAAGAAAUCCUUUUCCAUUGUACUCAUGGCAGUGGUGGACGCAAAUUACAAGUUUGUAAUGGUUGACGUUGGUGCCCCAGGGAGACACAGCGAUGGGGGUGUCUUUAAGGCCUCAGAGUUUGGGAGACGGCUGGAGAACGAAACAUUGGAACUUCCAGGCCCAGCGAAGCUUCCGAAGAGCACAAAAGUGACACCGCACGUGUUUGUGGGCGAUGAAGCUUUUCAGCUUCGCCAUGACUUCAUGCGCCCGUUUCCUGGAGCCGACCUCGAGCCAGGCCAUAGGGUCUUCAACUAUAGGCUGAGCCGAGCAAGACGCAUCGUGGAGAACGGCUUUGGAAUUUUGGCAGCCAGGUGGAGGGUCCUUCUCGGUCGACUGAACCUCCUUCCACAAAAUGCCGAGUUUGUCGUCCUGGCAUGUUGCGUUCUUCAUAACUUUUUGUGUGCAGGACGAGAACAAGCAUACAUGCCAGCAGAGUAUGUAGACACUGAGGAUAAACAGGGAAAUGUCACUCUGGGUAGGUGGAGAUCUGAAGUAGAUAAAAGCCACUUAAGUGACUUGCAGCGUACUUCUGCAAAAAACUUUAAGAAAACUGCUGGUGGGACGCGGAGCACCUUCGUAGAGUACUUUAUGAAGGAAGGCGCAGUUCGCUGGCAGUGGGCACACACGGAUCUUCAGCCACCACCAAUGCAAUGAGGUCCAAGGCCAGUCUGGCUACUUACAAGGUGGUACAGGGUCUCUUAGCAGAAAACAAAUAAGCUUGAAUUUUUUAUUAAAAUUGAAUUUGUGUUAUUACCAUAUUUUCCUGUCCAUACAUGUUUAAAAGUUGAAAUUUCACCCGAUUUGGACUAGCUAUGGGCACAAACUAUACAAAGAUUUGUUUUUUUCUAGAUCGUUCAGGUGUCUCAAGGUGGGAAGGGUUUUAUUAAUAACGGGGUACAUUAAUGUUGAUUUAUAUGUGAUACAAGCUUCUUUGUGAAGCUAAUAGGGCUCUUGCUCGAGACGAUGAUGCAACAC